CCAUCUAUCACCUGCCAGGCAAAGACCUGCACUACUGGAGCCACUGAUGAUCCUCGACACUUCCAACUAGUCUUCCAUGACCGAGUGAUCCGUUGAAAAUCGAUGCAGAUCACGCGUGGGAAAAGGUCAUUUGCCUCACAGCUCUUGUUGUUCCAAGCAUCUCCAUCAGAGACCAACUUCGUCCGCACAAAAUGGCAUCACAACAGAUCUGGCAGCUCGCAUUGGUCAACCACCAUCAUUCCGGGGAUAUUACUCCAAUCAUUCGUGGCCGCCUGUGCCGACCAGUGCGAGGGCUCGAAAGCCCUGCUCUCAUGCACCUGAUCUCCUCUCACAGCUUUGAUUCAAGCUAACUCGACAUCAGAACCCAGAGCUCAACGCUCCUUCGCCCGUUCCCGGACCUGACCUUCGUAUCCCAGAUUGCCCUUUAGUAUCCGAUGCGUUUUCAGCUACAAUUCAUGGACUUUGCCAGAAUACGAGGUUUCUACUCCCAUGGCAAGGGUGUACACGACGGGAAGGCGACAGGAGGUCAGGGAACGUCUUGCUGACAUGCAAGGAACACGGCAGACGUUAAGGCACAGGUACAACCGUCAUCCGGAAGUGUACGAAGCAAUGCCACGAGUCACAGCAGUUAUUCCUGUCAGCGUGUCCGUGCAGCGAAAAGCCCCCGAGACUGUUGUGAGAGCGCGGGGCAGGAGAAAGCCACCAGCGGGCAAAUCACGAGCCUGCUCAGCACAACAACCCCUUCGAUCGCACUGCGCCCGUGGUGACUCUCCAAGGCCUGAAUAAUAAUGAGUCCGUUCCAGUUGCUCCUUCAACCUUGCGAAUGGUUGUCUGGCAGCUUGCAAGACCAAAAUGCAUGACGGUCCUUGUUUUUCAGUCCUGAUGACGUUUCCUAGAUGUGGCUGGCGUCUGCAAUGUUGCCAAAUUCCUUGCUUUCCGUUCCUGGCCAACUGCAACGGACUUUUGAUAGCUCGACAAGACCGUCCAGGUACCCGAGCCAAGUCUCUUUUCAAGUCAAAUCGACCUCCAAUCCCUGACCAGCGGACUAUGGCUAGCUGGUAGCCGGUUCAUGGAUGCGGCGUGGAUGGCCGGUUCCUGCAUCUGAUCGCUUCCUUUCCAGGCGCAUGUCUCAGACUCGACAACCCUGUUUCGAGACAGCGGAUGAUCUAUUUCGGAUAUUCUGACCAGUCAUCGCUACCAGUUUGCCGUUCCUACCGGCCCCUGCCUGCACGGCGCACGCGUCCAACGCUUUGAAGCCAUGCAAUACCGCCGCAUAAUACUCGAACAACGCCGGAAAUGCAGCGAAGACAAGGACGGGAAGCAACAGAGAGGGCAGGAGUUAAAUCCGGAUUGGGCGGUCACCGGGGCGGCCACCAGGACUUCUCUUAGCUUAAAAGCGGCUGUGGCGCCUCGCCGUCGGAGCAUUUUCAGCCGCCAGGGCGUUGCUCUUGUCCCCUGUCGGCAAUCUCUCGAUCGGCGAGUCAAGUUGCAGGGCAUCAAAGACCAUGCAUCCCCCAUUGUCAGGUUGCCCUACAGCUAUGCUGCGUGGACCAGCGGGUUUCCGCCCUUGUGUUGCAGAAUCACUCAUAGUAAGCACCUAUGGCUCGAGAGAAGUCGGUGUGUAUGCAUUUAGGUUGAUCAAUUAAUCUCCAGAUGGAAAUGGGCCCUUCGAG